AGCGCUGAUGCUGUUGCUGAUGCUGUUGCCCGGCGCCUGAAUCUGUGCAGCCAGACAGGGGGAACCGGUCCAUCACCACCAUCACCACCACCACCACCAUCAGCAGCCGAGGAGAAGACAGGGGCCAGAGGGGGAGUGAGUCGGAUCUUCAGCAUCCCCGGAGAGUCGCAUACGCAGUGAGAAGAUGACGCUGGCAGCCUACAAAGAGAAGGUCAAAGAGCUCCCCCUGGUGUCUCUGUUCUGCGCCUGCCUCAAUCCACGCACUGCAGAUCAGCCCACCUACAAGGCAGAAGACGCGGUGGACCUGGGCUGGUGCGUCAUCAAAGACGUGGAGGUGAUCGAGCUGAACAAGCGAACGUCGGGCCAGGCCUUCGAGGUCAUCCUCAAGCCGCCGUCCUUCGAUGGCGUGCCAGAACUCAAUACCUCAAUGCCGCAGCGCCGCGAUCCUUCCCUGGAGGAGAUCCAGAAGAAGCUGGAGGCGGCCGAGGAGAGGCGAAAGUGCCAGGAGGCCGAGCUGCUGAAGCACCUGGCCGAGAAGAGGGAGCACGAGCGGGAGGUGAUCCAGAAGGCCUUCGAAGAGAACAACAACUUUAUCAAGAACGCCAAGGAGAAGCUGGAGCAGAAGAUGGAGGCCAACAAGGAGAACCGGGAGGCUCUGCUGGCCGCCAUGCUGGAGAGGCUGCAGGAGAAGGACAAACACGCCGAGGAAGUGAGGAAGAACAAGGAGAUGAAAGAGGAGGCCUGCCGGUAGACGAGAGGGGGAAGGAGCCAGACUGGGAGUUUCAAAAUAAAAAAGAAAGGAUGUCAAACCAGAAA